UGCACCCCACCCACCAUUUCUCAUUUGAACUUAGUUAGUUCUUUGGCUUUGGUUUUGUAACAAAAUUGAUUAUAUUGAUCAACCUUAUAAAAAAGCUAUAUAUUUUUUAUGUUCCACCAAUAGUGCCUCAUACUCACAAAGCUAAAAACCUAAGACAUAUUUUGUUCAUUAAUUUGAGGUACUAAUGGGGAACACUUUUGGUUCAAAAAAGACCACAAAGGUCAUGAAAAUAGAUGGUGAAACAAUGAAGCUAAAAACACCAAUAAAAGCUGGAGAAGUGCUUAAGGAUCAUCCAGGUCUUGUUUUGUUAGAUUCUGAAGCAGUUAAGCAUUAUGGUGUUAGGGCAAAGGUAAUUGAAGCACACAAAGAGUUACAACCAAAGAGGCUUUAUUUUCUUGUGGAGCUUCCAAAAGAAACAAAACCAAGAAGGAUUCGUUCCGGGAUUCAAAUGAGUGCCAAAGAUAGACUUGAUAAUUUAGUGCUUACUAGGAGAUCUGCUUCUGAUUUGUCAAUUUUGAAACAAAGUAAAAUGAAUGAUAAUAGUGGUGAAUUGGAAGGUAAGGAGAAUGGUGGUGGGGUGAGGUUGAAAGUUAGGCUUCCUAAGGCUGAGGUGGAGAAGUUGAUGAGGGAUUGCAAAGAUGAGGCUGAGGCUGCAGAGAUGAUUAUGCGUUUGUAUAAGGCCAGUGGCAAAGGGGAAAAGGAGACUAUAGUUAAGGAGAGUCCGAGGACUCCGAGAACUCCGAGAACACCACGACAGAAAAGGGUGAGUUUUAUGCCAAGCAAUGAAGGAGGGAUUCAAAUAGCUGUGGCUUCAUAAUCAAGUGGGUGCUAUUCCUGGAGAAUUUCUCACCAAACUGAGGAGAUUUUGUUAUGUUUAGUUAAAUAAGAGUUAUGUAUUAUUCAUACAAUACGUAGGAUCACAACAGGUUACUAUUUUUUAGGUGUUUGUAUGAAUAAUAAUUAAUUAGUAAUUCAUUUCAUUUCAUAGAGUAAUAUUUACAUCUUUAGUAAAAUUAGUUGCUAUAUAUUUGGUUGAGACACCAGAGUCCAGUUGUGACUUGUGUGUGACUAGUUGUAAACCUAUGUAUUGUAUUAAUAGUUCAACUCCUACAUAUGUACAUAUUGGAGAUUAUUUCAUAUAUGUUUUUUUUUUUAUAUA